UUUCACAUAAUUUCCUUUCUUACUCUCCAAGAACCCAGAGCCUUCCCCUCAAACGACAUCUCCCUUGAACCCUAACUUCCUUUUCCAUUGCCACAUCAAAAAACUGAGAAAAACCACAAGAAAAAUCCCCCAAAAAACCCACAAAGCAAAAGGAGAAAUAAUCAGUGGAAUGGGAGAGACUCGGUUCUUGCAAGAACUGGUUCUCUAUGCAGCCAGUGCUGCUCUGAGCUGUUUGGUGUUGUUUGCGGGGCUUCGACAUCUGGACCCGAACCGAGAAUCCUCCAAAAAAGCCCUUGAACACAGGAAGGAAAUCGCCAAGCGCUUGGGUCGACCCCUCAUUCAAACCAAUUCAUAUGAGGAUGUAAUAGCCUGUGAUGUCAUAAACCCUGACCAUAUUGAUGUGGAAUUUGAUUCCAUUGGAGGAUUGGAAACCAUUAAACAAGCAUUAGUUGAACUGGUAAUUCUUCCGCUACGAAGACCUGAGCUGUUUUCACAUGGGAAGCUUCUGGGUCCCCAGAAAGGAGUCUUGUUAUAUGGACCCCCUGGCACUGGAAAGACCAUGCUGGCCAAAGCUAUUGCAAAGGAGUCUGGAGCCGUUUUUAUUAAUGUGAGGAUAUCAAAUUUAAUGAGCAAAUGGUUUGGUGAUGCGCAAAAACUUGUGGCUGCUGUAUUUAGCUUGGCUUACAAACUCCAACCUGCUAUUAUCUUCAUUGAUGAGGUUGAUACUUUUUUGGGUCAGCGCCGGACAACAGACCAUGAAGCAAUGGCAAACAUGAAAACUGAGUUCAUGGCUUUAUGGGAUGGUUUUACCACUGAUCAGAAUGCUAGGGUGAUGGUCCUUGCUGCUACUAAUCGUCCAUCAGAACUUGAUGAAGCAAUUCUUCGACGUCUUCCUCAGGCCUUUGAGAUUGGGAUACCGGAUCGCAGAGAGAGGGUGGAGAUACUGAAGGUGGUUUUGAAGGGUGAGAAGGUAGCAGAUGACAUCAACUAUGACCGCAUUGCUAGCUUGUGUGAGGGGUACACUGGUUCAGAUAUUCUUGAGCUCUGCAAGAAAGCAGCCUAUUUUCCUAUCAGAGAGCUACUAGAUGACGAGAAGAAUGGGAAGCCAUCUCCUGCACCACGGCCAUUGUCACAGUUGGAUCUGGAGAAAGUUCUUGCCACAUCAAGAAAGACAAAGGUUGCUGCAAGUGAAUACACUGGUUUGAACCCACAAUCAUCGGGGUGGUCAGGGAAUAGGGAGCCAGAUGAUUAUCAGGUUCAAUCUGCAAUUGGUGAGCUCUCUAAGCUUGUGCUCUCUCAAAUUAUGAACCUUCAAUCAGAUGCCCAAGACCCUUAAAAAGGGAGGCCACCCACCCUCCUCCCAGCAGCAAUCUGGUAAUUGGUUUGUAAAAUUAUGGCCAGAUGACUUAUAUUUUUAAUUUUUUUUGCCAUAUUAUCACAGAAUUUGUGAUCUUUCGGGUCACGUUCGUAGGCAUUUGAUGAAUUCUUGGAAGUCCUUUAGAAUCCUUAUUUUGAUGAUGUAUCAAGACAACACUACCCAUAUUUUAUAAAAUUCUUGAUAACCUCUA